GCAAACUGUGAACAUGGUGUUUUUUUUCACAGAUACAAUACAAUUAGCGAAGUAUGGCGCAAUGACUAGCACUCUGAAUCCAACGAUCGGAGUUCAAAUCUCGAUUGAACGUAACAUUUUGUCACCAUCAUAGACAGUUGUCCUAGCUACAUUUACGCUGUGUAAUUGCAUUCUUGCUAGUUCGAUUUUCAUUAGCUGUGCAAUAUCAAGACUGUUUGUAACCAAACUGUCUUCCCCUUUGCAACCCAUCUAGAAGAGACGUAAAGGGUUAAUCCAACAUGGCGACCUCCGUAGCUAAAUAUUUUUUACUCUCUCGAUGUUCAGAAAUCAUUCGGUCCUUUACUCGACAAAGGAAAUUGCCCCCUGUGUGUAUAAGAAACAGAAACCUCCUCAGCCAAUGUCCAAGUUUUAGUUAUGGUAACAGAGCGUCUGACAACCCACAGGAUGGACAUGUGAACAUUCCAGUCGACCGUCUCACAGUAUCCUACAGCCGAAGCAGUGGUCCAGGUGGUCAACAUGUUAACAAAGUCAGCACAAAAGCAGAGGUCCGCUUCCACGUCUAUACAGCAGAUUGGAUCCCAGAAGACGUUCGACAAAAGAUCAUCUUAAAUAAUAAAAACCGUAUCAACAAGGCAGGGGAGUUGCUGGUGACGUCAGAGCAGAGCAGGAGCCAGCAGAGAAACAUGGGGGACUGCAUUCAGAAGAUCUCUGACAUCAUAGCCAAGGCCACUGAAAAGCCCCAUGAGCCUUCAGCAGAGGACAUAGCCCUCAGAGCAUCCAGGUUAGAGAAGAGGAAUAAGGAGAGACUGAAACAGAAGAAGCUCCAUUCAGCAGUCAAGCACACCAGACAAGUGUAUUUCGACUGAGGGUCGGAAACAUUCAUUCGUUGUCUAUUUUCUUGGUUAACCAAUAAAUUGAACACUCAAUUUGUUUGAAAGUAUUUCCACUUGUUGAGUUUUUGGAGACAUGCUGAUUUGAGGUGAUUGUUGUGGCAGUAUUUUUGCAUUAAUUAAAAAUAAAAGCGUUUCAAAGAA